AGAAGGUGGUGAUCAAGUCAUCAUGGUGUCAAUGUCCCAGUGAUAAGAUCCAACCCCACCUGGGUGGAAUCUUCACUUAUUGAUUACAUCUGUGAGAGAACUUCUUUUAGUGUUGUGAAAUUUUUCUCUCAGCCAGGCUGGUGGAGGGAUUUUGAAACUCUGUCUCUGCAUGGUCUUAUUACAUUUCAGUUUUAUACAUAAUAGCACGAAUUACAUACUUUAUUUAUAACAUUACUAUUAUUAUUAUUAUUUCCUCCGGUUUGGGCCCGAGGGCACGGGCAGGCCAGCGCUGCCAGAGCCAUUUGUGCUGCGUCAGCGCAGGCAGAGCAGCGGCCCCAAGAUGGCGAGGGCACCGCCCUGGCCCUCCCACUGCCCGGCCGGCCCUCCCUCUGUCCUGGCAGGAGCCGAGGCGGCAGAGAUGGUGUUGGGGUGUCGGAUCAGUCCUUCCAUCCUUAAUAGCGACCUGGCGGCGCUGGGCGCUGAGUGCAGCCGCAUGCUGGACUGCGGGGCCGACUGCCUGCACCUGGAUGUAACCGCCGGGAGUGGGCGGGAGCGGCCAGGCCGGGGGGAGCAGCCGGAACGGCCUGCCUCUCCCCUCCCGGCCGGCCCGGGGUGUAACCUGCGGGCGGGCACAUCUCUCUCUUCGGCCCCAAGACACUUCGUCCUGAACAUCACCUUUGGCCACCCCGUCGUGGAGUGCCUGCGCAAGCGGCUGGGCCAGGAGCCCUUCUUCGACAUGCACAUGAUGGUGGCCACGCCAGAGCAGUGGGUGAAGCCCAUGGCAGUCGCUGGAGCAAACCAGUACACUUUACAUCUAGAAGCGACGGACAAUCCCAGGGCACUGAUAAAGGACAUUCGGGAGAAUGGGAUGAAGGUUCAGUGGCUGAGGACACAGUUUCCCUCCUUGGAUAUAGAAGUGGAUGGAGGAGUUGGGCCUGACACCAUCCAUAAGUGCGCAGAGGCAGGUGCCAAUAUGAUUGUGUCUGGCAGUGCUAUUAUGAAGAGCGCAGACCCGAGGUCUGUGAUCAACCUCCUCAGGAAUGUGUGUUCAGAAGCAGCCCAGAAAUGCAGUCUGGAUCGAUGAGACCUGCCCAAGCCGUGUUCCAGAAGGCUCUGGGCACGCAGGAGAACUCUUUUCUCACGCAUAAGGGAGGGCUGGAUGAACACCAACUACAGAAACUUCUUGCUGCUGAACAGAGGAAUCAUUCCUUCACUGCAAUGAAGCAAGCAGCAGUGGGAAACAUUCUUGCUGUCUUUCAGUGGUUUGAACCUGUCUCUUGAUUUUGUGGAGGCUAAUUUUGUGGCACAACCUCCAACAAUGCUGACUGGAUUGAACUACAGUCAGUUUGUUGCUUGCUAGAAGAGUGUAGCAUCGCCACAAGAAUCUCUCUUGUGGAAGACUCUUAAUCAAACUGCCUUCUGCUGCCUGUAUUUUGUCAUUUGAUCUGUGCAUUCCUACAAAACUUUUUCACUACUGCAUUAAACACCCCUUCCUUGGUGUGGUAAGUUCUUUUAAGCUGACUGUCAUAAAUGAGUGGCUUUGGGAGUAAAUUCAAGUAAAAUGCAGCUUAAGAGGGCUAAAAAAAAAUCCCAGUGAUGGUAAAAGUGUUCUUCUAAGUGUUACUAUUGCAUUGUAAGUAUCUGGCCUAUAGAAGUCAAGCAUCAAAUCAGUCAGUGCAGCAUCUUUACCAGAUCACAAAGUGGGGAAUAUCUUCUCAUUUACCUUUCAAACAGCCAGUUAAGACAGCUGUGUCUGAAAUUCCUGGAAGUGAUGGAAUUCCUCAGAAGAAUGUUGCUUUAAUAUUCUUCAGAUAACAAAACCUUAAUCUUGCCUC